AUGUCUGGAGACCAAGAAAAUGAUAACGGAGAGACUGGGUUAGAAACUUCUCCGGUUGAUGUAAACAUUCCUGAUGAAAGUGUCAUGCUGUUAGAGGACAUUUCAAUGACUGAGGCAAAAUUGACAGAGCUAGACAGUUGGAAACAAAACAAAGUGUACAAAGAGAUACCAGAUGAAGGACAGAAAUGUAUAUCUACAAGAUGGGUAUGCACAUUAAAAGCUACGGGUGAUAGGAUAAAACCCAAGGCAAGAUUAGUAGCUAGGGGGUUUGAGGAGAUAGAUAAUGAUCAAAUUCAGAAAGAUUCACCCACAUGUAGCAAAGAGUCAAUGAGACUUAUUUUGGCUAUCAUGGCUCAGAAUAGAUGGAAACCUCGAUCCAUGGACAUUAAAGUGCCUGGUAAAGAAAUAGAAAGGGAUGUUUUCAUACGUCCACCUAGGGAGGCAGAUUGUCCAAACAAAUUAUGGCAUCUGCAAAAGUGUGUAUAUGGGUUGGGGGAUGCUUCUCUCCACUGGUAUUAUCAAGUGAAAGCUGUUAUGAUUGAGACUGGAGCACAGAUGUCCAAAGUAGACCCUGCUGUAUUUUAUUGGGUAGAUGAGAGAGUGAAUUUAAUUGGUGUAUUUGUCAUUGUAGAUGAUUUUAUGUGGGCAGGUGAUUCUAAGUUUGAGGAAUCAAUAGCAAGAGCCAGAGUGUUAGAAACAGAAUCACCACUGACUGAAAAUGAGAAGGACUUACUGAGAUCUAAAGUAGGACAGAUACUGUGGAUAGCAUGUCAAAGUCGCCCAGAUGUACUGUUCGAUGCAUGUAUGUCAGUUAGAAAACUUAAAUCGGAUAGUGUACCCGUUAAGUUUCAGCAUUUGGGUGAUGGUGAAUUGUCCUUAGUAGUCUUCAGUGACGCCUCACUGGGUAAUCUUCCUGAUGGCAGUAGUCAAGGAGGAUAUUUAAUUUUUCUCAUGGGGGAAACUGGAAAAUUCUCACCGAUUUGUUGGAAUUCAAAGAAGAUUCGCCGGGUAGUGCGUAGCACUUUAGCUGGGGAAACACUUGCCAUGGCCGAUGGCAUCGAUUCUGCAAUGUUCAUUUCAACUUUGUAUGUAGAACUGACAGGUAGUGAUAGUAGAUAUACCAAGUUGCCACUUGUUUGUGUAACUGAUUGUAAGUCUUUGUAUGAAGCUGUUAAAUCCACUAAACUAGUCAGUGAAAAACGACUACAUAUAGAGGUUAGUGGUAUUAGAGGAACUGAUUGA